CACCAGAAUUUCUGAAUGCAGUGGAAAUCAAGUGGAUGGAAAUGAAGAAGCCAUGUGGACAUUAAUUACUGGGAUGCUAUCAUGAGUUAUCCCUGCAGGUCAUCAGCUGAACGUGUCCAGCACAGUCACAAGACAGGGCUGCACACAGCUGUUAUUCCAGAGCUACCUAAGGAGCCAUUUCCAUGGCCCCUGCCUGGCCCAGACUCUGAAGAGGACGCUGCCUUUGCCAUCGGAACCCAGACCAACGCUACUGACUUGCUGCUGGCCAGCAGCCAUUACAGCACUUGAGCAGAUCAGCACACAAUGGAAAACUAUACCACUGACCUAGGUGACAUGGAUGUAACAACAAUGAUUGACUAUGGUGAUUCAGCACCAUGCCCAGGAACUGAGGAAAAGCACUUUGCAGCAAAUUUUCUGCCACCGCUUUACUCACUGGUGGUGAUAUUUGGCUUCAUAGGCAACAUUCUUGUUAUCCUUAUCCUGGUAAAAUACAAGAAGUUGAAGAGUAUGACUGACAUCUACCUGCUCAACCUGGCCAUUUCUGAUUUGCUUUUUAUAUUUUCUCUUCCUUUUUGGGCUUAUUAUGCUGCUCACGACUGGAUUUUUGGAGAAGCGCUGUGCCGGAUCCUCUCAGGCAUUUACCUCCUUGGCUUCUACAGCGGCAUCUUUUUCAUAAUCCUGCUGACCAUAGACAGGUAUCUGGCCAUAGUUCACGCAGUGUUUGCUUUAAAAGCUAGGACAGUUACCUACGGCAUCCUCACCAGCAUUGUCACGUGGGCUGUUGCUCUUUUUGCCUCUGUUCCUGGGAUAGUAUUUCACAAAACUCAACAGGAGAACAGACGGUGUACAUGCAGCGCUCAUUAUCCGCAGGAGCGGAGAGAUGAAUGGAAGCAAUUCCUGGCCUUAAAGAUGAACAUCCUAGGACUUGUUAUUCCUAUGAUAAUUAUGAUCUGCAGCUACACACAAAUCAUAAAGACAUUGCUACAAUGUAGGAAUGAGAAGAAAAAUAAAGCCGUCAGGCUUAUAUUUAUCAUCAUGAUUGUAUACUUUUUUUUCUGGGCACCAUAUAACAUUUGUAUUCUCUUGCGUGAUUUUCAAGAUUCAUUUUCUAUCACUAGCUGUGAAACCAGUGGUCAACUGCACAAAGCAACCCAAGUGACUGAAACAAUUUCAAUGAUCCACUGCUGUAUCAAUCCUGUCAUUUAUGCCUUUGCUGGAGAAAAGUUUAGGAAGUAUCUUCGCAGCUUUUUCCGAAAGCAAAUUGCAUCCCACUUCUCUAAAUACUGCCCAGUUUUCUAUGCCGACACAGCUGAACGGGCCAGCUCCACCUACACACAGUCUACUGGAGAGCAAGAAGUUUCUGCUGCGCUGUAGGUUGUGCCUAACAAAAAAAAAAGUGGAAUUGACUUUUUUGAAAUCAAGUCUAUGAUGAAAGCCUGGAGAAUCCCUUCUGGACACUGUCUCUAAUGCAUCUGCACAAGGUCAUGGCACACAGCUAGCAAAGCUGUUAUUUGCUCAUAACAGCGCGGAAUUGUACAUAAAUGAAAUGGAUGUACCGAAUUAGCUGUGAAGAUGUGGUAACAGAAUUCUGUGGCAAACAAAAAGGAAAAAAAAGCUUUUUUUUUUGGUGGAAGUAGAAGCAUAGUUACAUGCUACAGAGACUAGAAACAUACCUAAGCUGAGAGUCUAACCUAGCAGACUUAUAAACUGAUCUUCUGAAGUGACCUAGUGAUUAGAAAAUGAUAUUGCUUCUUUGGAAACAUCUCUUCACUGUAUUUUACACAAGAUAUUUCAUUCAUUUAAACUCAGUCUCGGUCCUUUAUUAGCGUGGUCGCAUAACUCUGUAAAUAAUGCUAAAUUACUGAGGUUUGUGAUGAAAAAGCUUUACAGUCGUUAUGGGAAAACUAUGCAUUUUGAGAAGACGCCAAUAUUCCAAGGCAUAUUUUCCUUUGUGCAUGGUUGGCUACUGGCCUUUCAGAUCUUCCUUCUAAUAAUUUAACAGUCUGAGCUACUAAGUGUUGCCAUAUAAGUUAAUUAGGAGUUUGAUAUUUUCAGAAUGCCCUUUUGAUAAACUGCAGUUUUAUAUGCUACUUGUAUUAACAACAAAUACGAUGGUCUGUCACUGAUCAGUAAAUCAAUGUGUUUGCAAUAUUUUAAAACUAAAGUACUAUACACAGAGCUUUAACCGUGUUAGAUCAAGUGCAGAUAAUAAGGCUUCUUCAGCUUCUUAGUGCAGUGAUUUUGUUUGCCAUUUUUCUAGCCUACAUAAAAUAACAACUUUAAAACGCGAAAUUAAUGGAACUGUAAUGGCUGCAAAAACACCACAGCAUUAAAGGUGUGAAAAUGUUUGACCCAGAUCUUUUUGAAGAUAAGAAUAUGCUAUAGACAUUUUUCAACACAAACACACGCACAAAAAAAGUAAAAGCAUUCACUAAUGCACAAAGCCAAAAACAUACAGCAUCUCUCUCACUUCUGAAGAAGGCAUAAUUUGGGGGCAAUUGCUGUGCUUUUUUCUUCCUGUUUUGUGGAAGUUUUCUACAAAGCAAAAGCUUCCAUAAUUCUUCCAUAUUUAGCAAGACUGAUGCUCAGCUAUAACUGGGUUUUCCAUUAAAGUUCAGAUCUAGCAGAGCACAUGAACACAGAGAACAUGAAAUAAGGGGGUACUCAGGUGAUGAAGGUCAUACUUUUGUCACAGUACAAACUGUUUUACAUCAAGUUUGCAUAGCAUUUCUAUCAUUUCUUAUAUUUCCCCUAAUACUUCUGGUUUUGGACAACUCUGGAGAUUCUAGAGGAAUAUAAAAGUGAGUAUUUUAAUGGCUGUUCUGAUCCAGUAGGGUAAUCUCUGUUUCCCAGAUGCCCUGGAUAGCCUUUUUUAAAAAAAUAAGUUUUUCAAAUAAACAGUUCCAAGUAUCAAAGAAAUUUUACAUUGCCAAGUGCUUGUGAAAGCAGGAAGUGAAAUAGGGAAAUAUUUGCUCAUCAGACCACUAUUUAUUGUGUUUUGUCACAUUAAGCGCUACUUUUGGACUACUUCCACAUGGGAAACAUAACAAAACCAUAUUAUGCUUUCAGAAGUUUGAUUUUUUUUCAGCUUCACAUUUUUAAGACACUGUGCAGCAAUUACUACUAUCAGUAUAACCAGAAAUUGGAUAAUUUCAGUAUGAAGAGACAAACACCUGCAUUUCUUUUUUAAAGAGACAGGAAGCUACAUGCAGUAACAUAGGUAGGGUUGUUUGUGUAUGUUUUGUCUCUUCUACAUAACUCUUAUAAAAUGCUUUCAUAUUUUAUUCUGUUCUUGCUAAGAAUUUUGGGGGUUGGACUCGAUGAUCUCUGGAGGUCUCUUCCAACAAUUCUGUGAUUCUCUGAUUUCUAUUCAGAUCCUAAGAUAGUUUGUCUUCAAGGAAUUACUUGCUCUAGAAGGCUUUGGUGCCAAGUGGGGUACUGACCAGCUCUGCAGGAGCAACGCGCAAUAAAACGAAUGUACAAGAGCGAACUGACAAGGCUUUCUGAGAGGUACGUAAAAAAAAGAGCCCCAGUCCUUUGCAGUGUUCUCUCCUACAGCAUGGAUCUUUUCAAGGGACAGCUUCCCCAACACAGAGCUCAAAUGUAGAGACUCUUGGCCUAACAGAUCAUCAGCUUAUCAAGAGUUAGUCACUUCACAGAAUCAUGGAACGGUUUGUGUUGGAAGGGACCUUUAAAAUCAUCUGGUUCUAAUCCCUGGUAUAGGCAGGGACACCUCCCUUUACACCAGGUUGCUCAAGGCCUGAUCCAGCCUGGCUUUGAAUACUUCCAGGGAGGGGGCAUCCACAGCCUUCCGCACUGAGAAGAGAAUGUACUUCAGCAAAUUACAAUACACCAGAUUUCAGUAACUGUAACACACUUGGAUCCAAAUUCAAGAAAAAAAAUAGAAAAUACAGUAUUUGGCAGCACUGGUGCAUUCAGUUUAAAGACUGCCAACAGACAGCCAUAAUAUUUUGUAUCAUGCAGUUCAUUAA